AAGGACAUAAUUAAAUAGAGCUACAAACUAGAAAAUCUAAAUUUCCUUCUGGAACAGAACUUAAGCCACUUCCGAUAAUGGCUUUCGUUAAUACUACUAGGAUUCCUGUUUCUCGAAUCUUUGCUUAUUGCAGCCGUUCUCUUUCUUCUCCACUCACAAACCCAUUCUUUAUUUCUACUCUACCUCCCGUUCCUUCAUGCAAGUUUUCCAUAACAGCCCAGUUCUCCCCUCCCUCUUCUUCUCCUUCUUCUUCUGCAAUGAAUACCCAAGUGGGUAUUAGUAGUAGUAGUAGUCGUUGGCGGCCCAUGUGUUUGUACUACACUCAAGGGAAAUGUACCAAGAUGGAUGAUCCUUUGCAUCUGGAGAAGUUCAGUCAUGAUUGCUCUAGGGAUCUUCAAGUUAAUGCCACUUUCAUUGAGAAAAACUGCUCUCAAAAUAAGGAUUUUUUCUUGGUGCUUGAUUUGGAAGGGAAAGUUGAGAUACUUGAGUUUCCUGUAUUGCUGAUGGAUGCAAAAACCUUGCGUGUACUGGAUUUCUUCCACAGGUUUGUGAGGCCCUCUGAGAUGAGUGAGCAAGCGAUAAACAAAUAUAUUGAAGGAAAAUAUGGCAAAUUUGGGGUUGAUAGAGUCUGGCAUGACACAGCUCAGCCAUUUAAGGAAGUUAUUCAGCAGUUUGAAGCUUGGUUGACUCAGCAUCAACUCUGGGAAAAGAAGGGCGGUGCCUCCCUUACUCAAGCAGCAUUUGUAACUUGCGGAAACUGGGAUUUGAAGACAAAGGUCCCUCAACAAUGCAAAGUUUCUGGGAUCAAGCUCCCCCCAUAUUUCAUGGAAUGGAUCAAUCUAAAGGAUGUGUAUCUAAAUUUUUAUGGGCGUGAGGCCAGAGGAAUGAUGUCCAUGAUGAAGCAGCUUGAAAUUCCAUCUUUCGGAUGUCACCAUCUAGGUAUCGAUGACACAAAAAACAUAGCAAGGGUACUGCAACACAUGCUCGCUGAUGGUGCAGUUAUGCAAAUUACUGCAAGGAGAUAUUCUGAAUCUCAAAAAGUUGAAUUUCACUUUGAGAAUCGUGUCAGAUGAUGCUUAGCUUUUUGGAUGCAUUAGUCAAUAUCCUCCUUGAAGAAGGUUCGAGUACUCCAUGAAUUGUCAAUGACAAGCUGUAGAUUGGAAGCUUCCCUCAUUGCUUUACUUAAUAUAGAGCAAUAUCCAACCAUUGGGGGGUUAAAUUUUGUUACCCCAAUAAUGUAAUCUAGAUUCACUUUAUGCACAUAUAAGAUUAGGAUGUGCUCAAUAGUUCGAAUCGACAUAAACAAUACAAAUUUUGAGGAUAAAGAUUUAAGGUUUCUUACUCAAA